GGAAUGUCUGAGCAUGGGCUUGAGCGUGGGUGCGAGUGAUACGUGAAAAUUCUGAAGUUUUUGCUUUUAAAGAAGAUAGAAAAUGGCUGUGGCUAAUGAUUUCAGGAAGAAAUUCGUCCUCCAAUGUAUAGAAAAUUUCUUCGACAUCUCAAACAUCGACGACCUCCUCCUGGACAACGCCGCCCUUGAGCGUUUCCUCAACGACCAAUUUUGCACGAAAUUUUGCGUGCGGCGCACCCCUGAAGCCAGCAUCGACGGACACCGAAUCACCUUCUCAAACGAGGUUUCCUGCAAACACAACGACCAGCUCAUCGUCUUCUUCAAAACCAGGACGGAGGAGCUGACCGCGGACAAUUUGCACGAUGUCAUCAGCACCGCCACCCUCGCCGGAGGGGCGGUCACCUCGUUUCUGCAGACGAUCCAGAAUAUUUACAUCCCAGCUAUUAUUCAAGGUGACCACAAAGCGAGUCAGGGCAUUAGAGAGGCUCUUGUGCAGCUGGAGACAAAAUUGAAAGGGGAAAUCCAGGAAAUUGAAUCUGUAGCUGGUGAGGACUGA